CUACGUUUUUAGUUGGCGCAGACCCAAGAGAGGAGGACUACAUCAAAGUACAUAUGGAUUUCCCGCGUGAGUCUGAGAAACAUGACUACGAGGAUGAAGAGGACGGAGUAAUAAAAGACAUCGAGGAACCAUUUGACAUACCCUUAGAAGAUUUCGAAAAUUCAAGGGAAUUUUCCAAGCAUAAUUUCCAAAUUUCCGACAAAGACGGAGCCAAAGAAGUUUUCGAGAAUUCAAGAGUAUUUCCCGAUUUGGAUUCUCAGACUCCUAAAGAAAACGGGCUGAACGAGUUACGAGGCAAGCCAGGGAAUCUUCACGAGGACCAUUUCAUGCCUCUUGAACCAGGAUACAUCGCUUUUGUAAAAGUCGUGGCAUUGAUGGGUAACCAACCGCUCCAUGACUCGGGAGGUCUACUUCCUAAAGGGAAUCUACUACUAAAGAUCGUUCUGAGUGAUGGCAAAGUGCAUCAGGCGGAGCUUAAUGGAAGCAAAUACCAAGGUCACCGACACGAAGAAGACUUGAACGCCGAAAGUGAUUUUGACCCGCCACUCAUCUGCACUCGUAAAGAAAUAAGAAAAGUUCAUCUCACGGCUCGAGGAAAUAAUAGAUGGUACGUUGUGUCAAUCGAUACCUACACCGCGGGAUCGCAUAGAGCCUUCACCAAGCUGACCAGUGAUCCAGGCUUCAGUAUGUGGGUGGACGGCAAUGAAGAACAUCAUCACUCAUACCACGCCAAAGAACACCUCCUCACCUAUGCUGUCGCAGGAUCCUGUAUCACGUACAUACGCGUUGAGGCAAAGACCAAGGGAGGUAUGAAAGGAGAUGGUUCCUCAAAAAUGGAUAGAAAGAGCUACUUCCUUAUCCUUGUUCUCAUGCAGGACCAAAAACUUAGGGCAGAACUUGUAGGAUAUGAGCUACGAAGCCAAUCCUCUGUGCUAGAGCUGAACUUCGUUAGCCGAUUUCAAACCGAAAGGUGCGUUUCGAUAUCCGAAAUUAAGGAAGUACGACUACAGCCUCAUCAUCAAGGAAAUGAAAAUUGGUAUAUAUCAUCCAUUCACACCUCUGCUAAGACUGGUGAGGAGCAGUACAUGGAUUUGACAAGUGAUCCACAGCUUGGAAGUUACAAUACGAGAGACAUCAGGCUAAAGUGGGAAUAUGAGGUGACCGUCAACUGUGAAUACGGCAAUCCAACGUGUAGAUGCAAGAAGCGUGCACAUGUAUGUAUUUUUAACCUCGAAAUUGACGAAAUUCGAACUUUCACCAGCUAUCAAAAGUUGUCGGUCGAUGAACCAACAGGAAUAGCUUUGCGAGGAGCCGAGGGAGUCAAUUAUUAUUUCGAUAAAGACGGAACACUUUUGCCACUGCAGUAUAAUAGAACAUGUUCAACAUUAGACCUAGCCAAAUGCACUUAUCCUCAGUUUGUAGAUGGUAAAACGUACCGUAUGGUAAUAGCCGUCAAUGGACAAAUUCCUGGACCUACCUUAAUAGUUCAGGAAGGGCAAAAGGUUAUUAUUCACGUUCACAACAAUCUCACCACUGAAGGUAUUUCAAUUCACUGGCACGGAAUGCAUCAGAAAGGAACACCUUGGAUGGAUGGUGUUGGUCAAGUCACUCAAUGUCAAAUAGGACCAUCAUCAAGCUUUUCAUACGAGUACAUUGCUAGUCCUGCUGGCACGUUUUGGUACCACUCCCACAGUGGCGCUCAGAGAACAGAUGGCCUCUAUGGUGCACUUGUAGUCAAAGAAACCAGAUCAAGGUUGGACCGAAUACGAGCAAAACUGAAAGUUGAAUUUAAAGAUAAUCCAGAUAAACACACUUUAACGCUUCUAGACUGGCAGGUGGAGGCAUCUUUAGACCUGUUCACACAGAGCCAAGCCGACUUAGGCUUUUAUCCAGACAAGCCGCACGGCGAAGUGCCUACUCCAUCUGAUCAAAAGUAUAGUGGUACACGUAGUUUUGACAAUGGCGGGGCUGGACCUAUUCCCUACUUUUCUGGAAUCAUAAAUGGCAAAGGCAGACAUGAUGAUGUUCCAUACAACAAAACCAGACUGAGUAUAUUCACAGUUGAGUCCGGAAAGAUAUAUCGCUUUCGGCUUGUUGGAGCCCAAGGGCUUUAUUCUUACAGCUUUUCCAUUGAUGGCCAUAAACUGACUGUGGUCGGCACUGACGGCUAUUGGAUUGAACCCGAAAAAAAGGUUGAUUACAUCAUGAUCCAUCCCGGAGAGAGAUACGACUUUCUACUCGAUGCAAAAGAGGAAAUAAAAGACUACUGGAUUCGUGCCGAGACUAUGGAGAUUGAUCAAAGUGGCCAAGGGCCGCCUUACAAGUCACUAGGACAUGUGGCAGAAGCUAUUUUGCACUACAAACGGCGUAGCGAUUCGCGUGAUCCAGAUGCCAAUGUGCCGUCGCAUAGAUAUGAAGAAAUCAAAAACAAUUCUCCUCUCAGAGUGUGCACCCAGGAGAAUCCAUGCAAAGCAGUGAACUGCCCAUUUAAGAACUUUCAUUGUUCAUACAACAUCAUCUGUACUAAUGUAGACGAGCUGCGUUUACUUGAGCGAACUCCACCUGGGGAACUUCCAAAUGCAAACCCUAACAGCCAAUGCCGAAAUUGCACACAUUUCAUCAAUUUUCAUUUUGAAGGUGAAUCUAAAGCUAGUUCAGUGAACGGGCGAAAUUUUAUUCUUCCUUCCUUUCCACCCCAAACCCAAUAUAACGAUUUUCGAGAAAAAGACACCAUCUGUAACCUUACGGCUGACUGCAAUCCAUCGACACUCGAGUGCUCAUGUGUGAUGGUGAUAGACAUUCCAUAUAACGAAACUGUUCAAAUGGUGUUUUCAUCAAUUGGUGCUUCUCCUAGUGCUCAUCCAAUUCAUCUCCAUGGCCAUACGUUUCAUGUAGUUGCCGUCGGAUAUCCAGAGUAUGACGAUACCACUGGUUAUGUUAAAAAACGCAACAGUGAUAUAUCCUGCGCUGAUGUUAACUGCACUAAAGAAGGGUGUGUGAACGAAAGUUGUACCAGACCAAGCUGGAAGACGGAGCCAAUGAAUUUUACCAUCAAUAGGCGCACGAUAAGAAAGGACACAGUAAUGGUCCCUGCUGGCGGCUACGUUGUCAUCAAUUUUCUUUCUGAUAAUCCAGGCCAGUGGUUUCUUCACUGUCACAAAGAAUUGCACCAACUUGAGGGAAUGGCACUAAUUGUCAAUGAGGCUUUGGAGGAGCAGCGCAAGCCACCCGAUGGCAUGAACAAGUGUGGAGACUUUGAGAUAAGUCACCAUAAAUCUCAACCAUAGUUGUUAGUUACGAAGCUAAGGCAUGAAAAACUAUUUGAAAAAGGAUAAGUUCCCGACAUCCUUAGAAGCUUUUAACCUCAACAAAACUACUACUUGAAAAACAUUCUCCAACAAUGUGUUUGCUAAGAUCCAGAAUUAAGUCAGUUUUAAAUUAGAGUGGGUCAAAUUGAAUACUCGGUAACAAGUGGGAAGUGUUUUUGUAUUCUUAGGCUCUCCUGGCUUGUUUCAUAACUUUUAAAUCACAAACUCGGUUAUACGUGUAAUUUUUCAGAUUUAAAACUAAGCAUGUUAGACUAGUGCGAGAGAAAUGUGGGACUAGUACUAGACUAUACAAGUGUGACAUAAUUUCUAAGAGGUACUUUUUUGUUUAUAUAGCCUUUGCUGAGUUAUUACAACAUAUUUUUUAUGAGUAUUAUAUCACCGACGUGAUUUUUUGUGGAUCUUUUAAGAUCCAGAAUUAAGUAUUUUACAUUAGAGUGGGUCAAAUCGAAUACUCAGUAACAAGAAGGAAGUGCUUUUUGUAUUCUUAGGCUUGACUGGAUUGUUUCAAAACGUUUUUAAUCAACAACUCGGUUAUACGUGCAUUUUUUUAGAUUUAAAACUAAGCAUGUUAGACUAGACUAGACAAGUGUGACAUAAUUUGAAAGAGGUAAUUUUUUUUUAUAUGGCCUUUGCUGAGUUAUUACAACAUAUUUUUUAUGAGUAUUAUAUCACCGACGUGAUUUUUUGUGGAUCUUUUAAGAUCCAGAAUUAAGUAUUUUACACUGGAGUGAGUUAAUUUUAGUACGCAGUAACAGUAGAGUUUGUUUGCACCUGUAAGCUUUCCUGUAGCUUUUUUUUAUCGCCUCGUUACAGUAACGUUUUCUAUCACAGGAGGCUCGUAAUGAUUUAAGAGUCUGUUAAACUACACCAUAUGCUGUAUGAUCAAAGACAAAUCAUUCAGAAAGAUUAGAUUCAGAGACACUCUGACACUUAAUCAGUUAUCAAGUUUUAAUACAAAUUAAUUUAUCUUAGUUUUCACGGUAGAAAACUUCUUUUAGAAGGUAAUAUUCAAUUUAUGACGAACUGAGAAAAUACUCACUGUAAUAAAUU